AUGGCCUCCAACUCCGGUAAGAGCGGUGUCUGUGAGAUCGAGUCAAUCGACUUCGAUGGCCAAACUCCGACUGGUCUUCCGUCUCAUCCUGAUACGCACCUCUCUGAGAAGGAACAGCGUGAACAGGAGCGGCGCCUGAUCCGGAUAAUUGAUUUCCAACUGAUUCCCUGGCUCUGUCUGCUAUACUUGCUGUCCUUCCUCGACCGCACCAACAUUGGCAACGCCAAAAUUGCCGGGUUGCAGGCAGAUCUCAAGAUGACGAACAAGCAGUGGAAUGCUGCACUCGCAAUCUUCUUUGUUUCUUACUCGGUUUUCGAACCCGCAAGCAACGUGCUCCUGAAGAGGCUUCGGCCCAGCAGAUACAUUCCAGCCAUAAUGAUUCUCUGCGGUGUGGCCUGCACAUGUCAGGGGCUGGUCAACAACUUCUCUGGUUUAUGCGCCGCCCGCUGGUUUCUCGGCCUUUUCGAAGCCGGCCUCUUUCCAGGAUGCCAAUUUUAUCUCUCUUGCUGGUACAAACGCUCAGAGUUCGGCAUACGUUCCGCCGUAUUCUUCAGUGCCGCGGCCAUUGCAGGUUCCUUUGGCGGGCUUCUUGCCGCGGCCAUUAGCAAGAUACACGGUGUUGGUGGUCGUCCUGGCUGGGCGUGGAUAUUCAUUCUUGAAGGUCUGUUGACCAUCGUCAUUGGUUUUGCCUCCUUCCGGAUGGUGCACGACUUCCCACAAGAAGCCACAUUUCUGUCGGAAGACGACAAAACCAGGCUCCUCUACCGGCUGAGGAAGGAUCUACAAGCCAGUGCAGAGCAUGAAAGUUUCAAGUGGACGUAUGUCUGGGCCAGUCUCCGAGACCCGUUCACCUACCUGGCCACUCUCAUCUACGUUGGUGGCGGAGGUGGACUGUACGCCUUCAGCUUGUUCCUGCCAACGAUCCUGGCUGAACUAGGCUACAGCACAACCACCGCGCAGUUGAUGUCAGUGCCACCUUAUGCUGCAGCAGCGCUCCUGACGAUUGCCAUUGGUUGGAUCGGCGACAAGACCAGAAGGAGAGGCUAUUGCGGUGUCGCAGUGGCAUCGCUUGCAAUCAUAGGAUUCAGCCUGCUGCUCAGCGACGUAAAAACCCCGGUAAAGUACGCAGCAACAUUCCUUGCCGCGAUGGGUAUAUACCCGAUAAUUCCGAACUCGGUCAGCUGGCUGGCAAACAAUACAGAAGGUAUGUACAAGAGGGGGUUCACUCUGGGAUUUGCAAUGUGCUUUGCAAACAUUCAAGGCGUUGCGGUGAGCAACGUUUACCGUGGCAUGGACGCCCCCCGCUUCAUUCUGGGUCAUUCCAUGGUCAUGGGCUACGUCUGCUUGGGCACCUUUGCUGGUUCCGCCCUGUACUACAUUCUGCUACGUCGAGAGAACAAUUUGCGAAAGGCUGGAGCUCGCAAUCAUCUGAUAGAAGGGAAACAAGACAGCGAAAUCAGGUUGAUGGGAGACAAAAAGUAA